GUUCAUAGCAAUUUCAAGAUACAGUAUCAUUCCAACAAGCGCAGACAUGAAGGCAGCACUGAUCACUCUUACAGUUUUUCUAUUUGUGGCUUUUUAUAAUGAAGCUGAGUCGGCACCAGUUGGUUCAGAUGUCGUCUCCUGCUGUUUUGAUUUCAUGAAGAAGGCAGUCCCAACCAGACACAUGGCAGAUUACUUCUACACCAGCAGCCGCUGCUCUCAAUUUGCAGUUGUUCUUGUCACCCGGAAGAAUCGGAAAAUAUGUGCAAAUCCAGAAGAUGAAUGGGUCAAGAAUAUCAUUAAUGCCCUGGAGAUGCCUGAAGCAGUAUAGAUAUCACAAAAGUGCACUUUUCUUCAUAUUAUCAUCGUAUGCAUAAAAUAAUGCAGUUUUAUAACCAGCAGUCCUUUAGCUUAAACAGUUUGUUUUUUUGUUAAAUGCAUUAAUAAAUACUUGUUGGUAUACAUAAAUUCUCUAACUUACAUAGGAUUGUUGGAGUUGUAGACAGUACCCUUCUUUUCAUGCAAGCCACUUGGAUAAAGCCUCUUUUCGAACAACUAAAUCUGCCCAUACAUUCAUAUUUGGAGAUGCCAAAUGAGUGGAGCUGGGCCUGAUUUUUUCACAGGAACCAAUUUGGCGGGUCUGAUCAAUGGUCAUAGGUUAAAUCUAGUCUAUUUUUAGGUACGGAAGGAUGCUUGGGGACAAACACGUUUUGUUUCUACUGAAUGACAUUAUUGCCAAAUUGUCAAUACAGGACCAGAGUAUGCUAUCAAAAGCCUGCAAAGCUUGGAAAAAAUCAUGUUAAUUCUGACAUAUAUUGAUAGGUCUGAAUCCAGAUUUCCACAGGGACCACUAUAUUCUUAGGGGCCCCUGUAUUUGCUGCCUUUGUCAUCCAACUGUGCGCAACACACCAAAUAACCCAGGGAAGACAAGUCAGAGCUUUAUGAAACAGUGAAGAAAGGUGAAAAUAUUGCAAACCUAUAAAAUUGUGGAGCCCCCUCUAAUGCAUCAAGCAAAUCUCAGGAAUUGCCUUUACUACACUUGUAAUGGUAGAUCAGUUCUGGACAUUAAGCAUGCAGGUGCUCUACAAAGGUAGUGGUAGAAAGAAAGGAGGAUAUACAGUAUGGUCCUUCGGUUUAAUUGUUCUACAUGUACUUCAUAGGGUAAGCAAUUUAGUUACCCUUACUUCAAACACAUACAGUAGUGGAGACCAUUGGUGGCUAUAGAUUACAAAAGCCCAAGUAAAGGCAGCUUUCCUUUUCUUUCCUUCCUGGAAGGUACAGGGUUCCCAAUACUCAAAAAGAGAGAACAGGUUUAAUUUGGGGAAUUUGUUUCCCUUUUUGGCACUUUUUGAAACAGAUAGUUUAAUUGUGUAAAUGUAAUAUUUUCCUGGUGGGGGCAGGCAGGAAUUAUGUUGCACUGCAUGCUUGCACUGUUUACUGUAUUUAAUGCUCUGCUCUAGCCAUAAACAAGCAAUAGAAAUGGUGCAGAUUAUUUCCCAAGAGCAGAUAAAAAUAUGCACCCAGCUAUCCACCUUGGUGCACUUUUACAAUCAAGCCCCUUCUGACCUUUACUUUCUGGGCCUCAAGUAAGGACAGUACUGCUGCAUGUGCUGAUGUGACUUCUCAUUAAAAUGUUGCUUUUAAUACAUAUCUAUACCUAUAGUAAAUUUUUGGUGCUUUCUGUUACUUAAUCACCAAUAAAAAAAGUUGCUUAGCAAUC